AUGUUAAGCAAUACAUCAAUCAGGGCAAUUCCGUCACAACGCCUGCUGAACUUAAAAAAAGCUAUUGAAUCCAACGGAGGGAUUAAAGGGGUGCGUGUCACGAUAGAACCUGUUCCCAAGAUUGCUGGACGCAAGAAAAUCAAGUGGGACGGUAUAAGCAGUUUGUCCAACUUCGUGAUAACAUCUGCCGGUGAGAGGUCCUUCAAGGCUUAUGGUAUCGGCGCUGGGCAUUUUCAGUCCUGGACAUCAUUUAAAGGUAUUUACUAAUUGGUUGGUAGAUGAAAACUAUUAUUCGGUCUUAGGUAAACAUUGAUUAUUUACUGGCAAAACAUGCUCAAGAAAUGGCUCGUAAUUAACGGUUAUGUUUAUAUGAUUCAUAAGAACUUUAUUGGAAAGCCUUGUCGUCACAUUAAAAAACAUGUAGCAGAGCCCAAAAAGAGCGAUAAGUCUUUCUUCUUCAAAAAGAUAACAACAUUUUAAACUACUUAUUUGUUUAUCUUAAUGUACUAUCCCACAACAACAUUUUUGCAGGUGUAAAGAAUGUACACCUAUUUGGAAACAGGCUGCGCUCACGUGGACUACCGAGUGCAAAAACUUUCAUUUAGGUGUGUGCUUUGUUGAAAUGUGUUCAUAAAUUUAUUUAGAAAUCCCACGUGAUAUAGUGAGUUCGAAUGGAUCGUGGUCGAACCAGCCGAAUAAAGCCCAGACAAGCAAAGGGAGUAUCUUCUCAUCCGGACAGUUCAACUAACGAAGAGCGACCAGCCAUUGAUGAACAGCAAGUCGGUACCGAUCCAGCUGAUAGCUAUUUGUUUUCCUGCCCAGAAGACGGCUGAAUAAAAUCCUAUAUGACUCAUGGGCGUCUGCAGCAACACCUGAAGUAUAGGAGACACAAUUUUCGACAAAACCAGAAUGUUCCUUUAUUGGACAGGGCAAAGAUAAGCUACGCAGACCGUCUGGAAGAGGAGAGAGGGGGACAAUCAUUAAUUACAAUGACAGGCUCGACAGACGUGGGUAGAACGUCUGUUUCAGAAGGAUGGGCUGGUCGGGACCCCAAAAGAACAGGCCACCGGUUCAGCGCAAAACAGAGAACAUUCCUGGAGAACAAAUUUAACGAUGGUGUAAAAACGGGCGUGAAGGCUAACCCGGAUAACGUGUCAAAGGAAAUGCGACAACUGAAAGAUCAGAAUGGGAAACGAGUCUGUACCGUUGUAGAGUUUCUUCGUGCCCAGCAGAUAUCGUCGUAUUUCUCUAGAAUGGCAUCAACGAGAAAAGGUGCCACAGAAUCGGAUGACGAAGCAGAAUAA